CGUCCGCCAUAACCUCGGACAAUCAAAGGCCAAAGCCGCGUGGUUCAGUCGAGCUUUUGUGUGCGUUUUAUCGCGUCUUACGGAUCCUUAACAAUCGAUAUGGUUAAAAGGUGUAGUCACGGCCUUUGUAAUAGUGACGACAGGUAUCCUGAAAGGCUGGUUGGUGGAGUUCAAUUUGUACCCUUUCCAAAACCGAAGAGACAGUACGAAAAAUGUCUUCGAUGGAUCAAACUUUGCGGAAGACCGCAUGAUCAACUGAAUCCAUCUAAAAUCAACCGGAACAGAUAUGUUUGCACGAAGCACUUCGUAAACCAGUCACAACCAUCCAAGGAAUUUCCUGACCCCUUUCCUGCGGAUCCCCUUUGUCGGACUCAAUCAACCAGGAAGCCACCAUCAAAAAGAAGAUGUUUGAACUUUGCAACUGAGCGGAAAUCAUCUGUAAGUAGUCAGCCUGAGGAAAGCACCCUGAGUGAAGAUAUUGGCACCGACGACGACACGUCUACCUCAACACUUUCUACUGCGAGUCAGACGCAUUCAAAUUGUCAGCCUGCUCCACUGUUCCCACCUGAACACCCAGACGGGGCGCCUACGUUGAAGCUUGGUCAUACUAAACUCACCGUCUCAGCGGAGACUGCAACUUCAAGACAUCAGCGGGUUGUUGAAAGACGGAAGCAAAAAAGGCGACAAGAAGCACACGGAUCUGCUAGCAAUGAUCCAAAUGAUCAUGAUUAUGUCCCACAUGUUAACAUGGGAUAUAAAACUUCAGCCGGGUUAACUCUUGACGAUUCAAAGAAAAAGUAUCAGCGGGUACAACGUCGGGAAGAUGACAAGCGCAGGACAGCAACAAUCCAGCAAGGAACAAGCAACGCUGCAUCAAUUCUCCUGACACUAUCGAACAGCACCGGCAUUCAUGACCCUUGCCUAAGUGUCAUCACACAGCUGCAGGGUGAGAAGAGGAAGUUGCUCCGCGAUCUGACCAAACUACAAGAUGACCUGAAAGAGUGCCGACGUCAACUUAGAUCGUGCAAAUUCGGUGACAAUUUUCUUCGUGAAGGAAACCAGGAUGCGAGGACGGCGUUUUUCACCGGAGUUCCCAACCAUUUAACUUUCCUGUGGUUGGUGAACUUGUGUGCGAACAUCCUACCCGUGUCUACGACGCUUACUCCUGCAAGUGUGCUCUUGAUGGUACUGAUGAAACUCAGGCUUAAUUUGGCGGAUCAAGACCUGGCUUAUCGGUUUAAUUUGUCAAGACAAACUGUGACUGAAAUGGUUAGCGAAUCACUUCCUGGAUUAGCAAAUAAGUUGGCAUUUUUGGUGCGCUGGGCAGAAAAGGGGGAAAUGAUCAUGAAUGUGCCAAAAAUAAUUAAGGAUACCUAUAAACAUUGCAGGGUAAUAAUUGACUGUUGUGAGGUGUUCAUAGACAGACCUGGAAAUGUCACCGUUCAAGGAUUGACUUGGUCUAACUCAAAGAGUCACAACACUGUGAAAGUUUUGAUUGCCAUGUCACCAGUUGGGGCUGUCAUGUUUGUCUCAAAAGCCUUCGGAGGAAGAGUUUCAGACAAGGUCAUCGCUCAGCGGUCUGGAUUCCUGCAACUGUUAGAACCCGGGGAUCUUGUUUUGGCAGACCGGGGUUUUUCGAUCGCCGACGAUCUCGCCGCUCGCGGCGCGUCUCUGGCCGUUCCGGCUUUUACAAGUGGGAAGUUACGGCUCAGCCCGAAGGAAAUCGAGACGGGGAGGAGGCGAGCUCGGGUGAAGAUUCAUGUGGAGAGAGCCAUCGACCGUGUUAAAAAUUUCAAGAUUCUAAGUACAACUAUGAGAAUUAACCUUGUGUCUCAGUUUGACAAUAUUAUGACAAUAUGCUGUGCUCUUUCAAAUUUACAUCCUAAGUUGCUUUAAUGACUUGCCGCAAAAUGACAGGGUAUGUAUUAAUCUGACUUUGCUUUCAAACUUUCUUGUCAUUAAAGUGCCACUGUCAUGAAAUGCGUGAUUUUUAGUAUGUUAUUAAUGAAAAAACACCAGCCGACAUGGACCAAUGUGUUUUUUCACCACAAAACAUGAUUUUGAUGUAUAUGGCUUUUUAUAACUCCCGUCGCGAAAAUCCUCUCGAGGGAUUUGUUUUCGACAAGAAGCAGGAAGUGACGUACAGGGCGGGACCGCCCUCAAGUGGACUCGUUUGUUUCUAUUAGUUUUACCUCCGGGAAGGUAGCUCAUCGUGCCUUUGUGUUAGCAAAAAUGCCGGCUCGUUGCAUUGCUGGACAGUGCUUGAACACUCGGGAGGAUGGAUUUACCCUUCAUAAGUUUGCAAGAGACCCGUUUUGUCGUGAAAAAUGGAUUGUGGGCUUGUGGGAUUGUGUACAGCUACUAAAAAAAAUAAUAGUUUGGGGCAGACAACGUAAUUCGCCUCUCAUAGUGUAACAAAAGAUCCGUGUAUGUAUGACAGGCGUGCUAAAUGUGUCAAUGUCCACGUCGGACGGCAUCGGGCUGCCGCGUCGGCAGCGGCUAUGAACAACGCUCCCGGCAAUGGCGCGCUCAGCCGCAUGCGACGACAUCAUAAAGCAGCCUGGCUCGGCUCCGUGAUAAGCCACCUCAGCGCCGAAAAUGAGCCACCCCGGCCGAGGUGCCGCGUCCAUCGGCCACGGCUUCGGCGAAGGCUGCGCGUCAGGCUCGCGGACGGCGGCGGCACUGAACAACACUGCAGACAAUGGCGCACUCAGCCACGUGCAACGACAACGCCGUAAAGCGCCCUGGCUCGGCGGUGUUGUUAAUAGUGGACGGCGGCGGCUAUGAACAACGCCGUAAAGUGGCCCGGCUUGGCGCCAUAAUAAGCCACCUCGGCACCGAAAACAAGCCACCCUAGCCGACAAGGCUAAAAAUACAAGGCAUGUCGGCCGGGGUGGCCCGUCGCAACGCCGGACCGCAAUGGCUCAUCUCCGCCGCGGAAACGGAUCAGACAGGGAGGCGGUUUGGCCGUGAUCUGAUCAUAUAAACAUGGCUCAAAACGAUAGGGCAAUAUUGCCCCGGUAACUUCACUCGGUUGUGUCUUCUUGGUAAACAGCUUCCGCGUCAGAACAGGCGUGUUCGUCUCCCAUUGUAGGGUCCACCACGUGUUUUCAAUGACGUGUCCGGGGUGACGUCGUGGACAGGAGAUGCACCCAAUAUGGCGACCACUUGGAUGUCGUCGAAUGACACUUCCGCAACUUUGCGCAUGGAUGACGCGCUCUCUGCUCAUAUUUAUUUUUUCGUAUAGACACUCAAGUGAAUAAUGUUAUAUCUAUUUUAGAAUGUUUAUAGGGAUGACACUUGACCUUUCAGUUGAAAUUGAUACCUCUUUUCUGUAUGAUGCAUUCCACCUGCAAGCUUCACCUGUGCACGUGUUGAUGUAAGACCAGCACGGACAGCUGCAUCAACCUUGAACAAGAAGGCUGGGACAUGACUGCAUACCUCACCUAGACUUGAAUGAUAAAUGAAAAAGUCAACAAUGUUAAAUCACAAAAGAAAAAAAAAGGGAUAUUCAAAUUUAAUAAUGUAAAAAAAAAAAAAAAGAUAAAUAAAAAUACAAGACCUUGUCAAAGAUGCACUUAGUUAUGGAUCCAAUUUUUCAAUUAAAUAAUUUUUCACAUCAUAAAACUUGUGUGAAUUAAGUGCAGCACUAUCUGCAAAUUUCCCUUGAGGUGAUUUUUGAAGAUAUAUUUCCCAGCAAGCACGCAGUCGGAGUCUCGUCACAUAUCUUUGGACUGGCAGAAGCGUUGGCCUGAUUACGGACUUUAAAGCGACCUACACCGCAUCUGCAAUUAAGGUGCGUAUAUGGUCAAGAAUAGUGAUUUUUUUUGGGGGGUUUAAUAUUCACAAGUAAAGACUUUAAUCAGUUAAUGUGUUAUCAAUGUGUAUGUUAAAAAAAAGUGUUUGGAAGCAAAUCAUUUAUUGCAUUGGUUACAUUCCAGAAACCCCCGCAAUAAAUGAAAUCAGUGGAGCACCUUCCAAUUGUUAGUUUCAUUUAUUUUAUAUACACACACACACACAAAAAAAAACAGUAGUGUGUGAGCAUUUCAGUUAGUCUGAAAUGUAAUCCUGAAUUAGUGUCUUGACGGGCAGCCCUUCAGAGUAUCUGGCACUGUAGCUAAAAAAAAAGGACUCAGUUACUGUUGUGCAAACUAUUUUUCCAGUGAUUUUCAUUUUCAUGGGCUCAAAGUACAAAGUUACUGUGAAAAAUGAU